AAAUGUUUAGUAACAAGCGAUUUUCUUUUGACAAAAUCCCUGAUCUUUCUGGCAAAGUUGCAAUAGUGACAGGUGGAAAUACAGGUAUAGGAAUCAUAACAGCAAGAGAAUUAGCCCGUAAAAAUGCUCACGUAUUCGUUGCAAGUCGUAGUAAAGAUAGAGAUGAAUCAGCUGUAGAACUAAUAAAAGAAGAAACAAAAAAUGAUGCAGUUGAAUUUUUACAAUUGGAUCUACAAAGUUUAAAUUCUGUUAAGAUUGCUGCUGAAACAUUUUUGGCUAGAAAUUUACCAUUGCAUAUUCUAUGGUAUCAAGAUCAGUUUGACACUAAUCAUAUUGGCCAUUUUGUCUUCACACUCUUGCUGUUGCCAACCAUCAAAGCUUCGGCUCCAUCACGUAUUGUAAAUGUUAGCAGUGGGAUGCAUAAACUUGCACCUUCACCAGCAGGGAUAGAAUUUGAAAAGUUGAAUGAUCCAAAGGCUCUUACCUCUACUCAAAGAUACAGUCAAUCAAAACUCGCAAAUAUUUUAUUUACUCUUGGACUUAAUAAAAGACUUUCAGGAACAAAUGUUUAUUGUAAUUGUCUCCAUCCAGGUGUCGUAAGGACUGAGGCAUCGCGUGGAAUAGAAGCUGACUGGGGGGCUUGGAUAAAACCAAUUCUCUCUGUAAUUACCUUUUUCUUUUUAACACCCGAUGAUGGCGCUUUAACUCAACUUUAUUGUGCUACAAGUCCUGAAAUUGAGGAGAAAAAUCUCCGUGGAAAAUAUUUUGUACCAUUUGGUGAAGUAGAUGAACCUACUACUCUAGCUAAAGACGAAGAAUUGGCAAAAAAAUUAUGGGAUUUUUCUGAAAAUUUCGUUAAAGAAAAGUUGGGUGAUGACAUUUUUAGCAAAUGUUAUGCAUAA